AUGACAUCCACCACCUCCACCUCCUCCACAACCUCCACCACCAUCCCCACCGCCGCCCUCCCCACCACCACCGCCGACGCCGACGACGACGACGAUGACGACGACCACACCACCACUUCGACCUCCAUCCCCGGCGCCUCGGUCGGCACCAUCGCCAUCUCCAUCUACUCAGGCGGCUCCGCAACGACGACCAUCACCCUCGCGACCGCAACCGUGACCAGCAUCAGCGGCAGUGGUGGUACCGGUGCAAGCGCAGCGCUGACGCGCACCGUGACGGCGGUGGGGACGACGCCCGGUAUCAACGGCACCGCGGCGUCCACUUCUGCGUCUGCAACGGCGACGGGCAGCGGAAGCGGAGGAGACGGCGGCGACGGCGGCGGCGGUGCAGGCGGCGGGGGCCUCUCGCACGCCGCGAAGAUCGGCAUCGGGGUCGGCGUGCCGCUCGGCGUGCUGCUACUGCUCGCUAUCGUCUGGGGCGCGUACAUGCUGGGGCGGCAUCGGCGGCGUCCUAACUCUUCUUCUUCUUCUCCCUCGUCUCCCUCUGACCGCGGCGGCGGCGGCGGCGGUGGGAUCCUCGCCCUCCUCACCGGCAAUCGACGACGACGACGACGGAGGCUGAGGGCCGACUCGUCGCUCUCCUCGCCGGACGGCCGCGAGUUGGAGGAGGAUGCAGAGAAAGCGAUGCUGAAACUGGCAGGGCCGGCGGAGCUGGAGACGGGGCCGGAUAGGCCGGAGUUGCCGACGGCGGUGAAUUGCCAGGAGUUGGCGGCGGGGGAUCCGUUUGAGCAGAGGCGGGUGUUUGAGGAGCAGCAGAGCAGGCGAAGGGAAGGACAGCAGGAGGGGCAGCAGCAGGAGGAGGAGGAUCCGCAGCAGCAGCAGGAGCCGCUGGUGCAGGAGCGGUUGGCGAAGGAAUUGAAUGGGGUGGGGAUCGCGGCGGGGGCGUUGGAGGCGGCGGCGGCGGGGGAUAGGCGGAGGAGGAGGGUGAGUUCUGUGAGUACGAAUAGGAAGCCGGUUGCGAAGGCGGGGGCGUCGAGAGGAAACGGCUCGGACGGUGGUGGGAGCGGCAGUGCGAGAGGGUCGUACUCCUCAUAUUCGCCGAUCAGUCCGGUUGGGACGGGCAAUCAGAGCCAUCAUACGGAGCCGCUGUCGUCGGUGAGUCCGAUGAGCAGUGAUAGUCCGAUGACGCUGGCGGAAUUGCCGGGGGAUGAGGUCAGAAGAAACAAGAGUAGAUGA